AUGGCCGAGCAAGAUGAGGUUAUUGUUUUGGAUGACGAUGAAGAAGAUGGAGUUGGAAGGAAACCGAAAACAGAUUGGAUAUCGAGAUUGCCAUACGAAGAAGAGGUGAUGCUCGAUGCUUUCCUGGAUGACGUUGUUUUCAUUACGGCUAGGUGAGCAUAAACCCCUGAUAUUACGUAAUGUUUAUAUCUGUAGAGGUCUCGGAAUGGAAAGGCUCUUCUUAAACCACCUUCACUUGUAUUCAGAUCCGGCGUUUAGUGUGUUAGUGUUGAAUACAGAGUCAGAAGAUCAGCAUUUCUACAUCGAGAAGCUCAAAUCGUUGAAUCCAAUGGCUCCGCCGAGACUUCUGACCGCCGAUGUGCUGAUUAAAGACCGGUAAGUGACGGAUUGUGCAAUUUAAGGCCUUUGAUAAUCGUUAUGCUUUGUAUAGCCAUAUCUAUCCCUUCACUCUUCUUGUAAAUUGUUUUAGAGAGCUGAUUUACAAAGGAGGCGGGGUCCAAUUUGUAACCUCCAGAAUCUUGAUGGUAGAUCUCCUUACAGAUAAAGUCCCUUUGGAUCGGAUUGCCGGAAUCUUGGUCUACAAAGCCCAUCAGUAAGUUGUAAGGUCGUAUUUGAGUUGUACUUGAUGCAAAUUAUAAGGCUGUUUCAGCGCUUUAACGACCUUCCAAGACACCUUUAUUCUCCGGCUGUUUCGUGAAAAGAAGCCGGAUGGGUUUGUGAAGUGCUUUACGGACAUCCCGACAGCCAUUACUUCCGGCGGAAUGGGUCAGUUACAACGAUUGGUCAACAGAUUGUACGUGAAGAAGGUCCGAAUCCUCCCGAGAUUUGAGGAAUCUAUUAAACGCGACUUUGAUAAUGCCUCAGUGAGUUGGCAUCGGAGCGAUGAGGUUUGUUUUUCCAGCCGGACUUUAUUGAGAUGUCCAUCGAUUUGCCAGCCAAUCAACGGCGAAUUCGCUCUUCAUUGGUGGAUAUUAUUGGAACUUGCAUUCGAGAACUGAAACAAUGCACUCAAGGACUGGAUGUAAGAAUAAGAAAUAAAUGAUGACUUUUUUACUCUAAAUUCUCUACGUCAUAGAUCGAAGUCGAUGCCGAGACAGUCUCUAGUUCGGCCGCUCUCCGUCCAACUGCCCUGGAAAUGGAACUUCGAUCCAAAAGUUUAUUGCUAACCGAUCGACAAGAACGUCUUCUAAAUGACUUGAGGAUUCUGAGAAGAACUUUGAAGACCUUCGAGGAUCUGGAUCCGGCCUCAGUCCAUAAAAUCCUCUACUUUUAUAAGAGCAACCAGGAAUACAUUGAGAAUAAUAGUGGCUGGCUGAACACUCCCACAGCCUCAAAGAUAUUCCUCGGAAUUGAUGCAUUGUGCUGCGCUAAGACGACAACUGGCGAUGUUUUGAUGAUCCGUAAGAGGCCCAUCGUCGGUAACUAUUAUAACUUCAUUUCAGCCCCUCCAAAAUGGUCGGCUCUGUCGGAUGCUUUAAAGGAGAUUAAGGAGAAGCUGAAGAGUACGGAUAAUAAAGUUCAUUCUGCUCCAGUGUUGGUCUUCUGCUCGAGUGAAGCGACUUGUAGACAGCUGAUUGAUGUUUGCAAAUUUGGAGUUCAGAAAAUGGCCUGGCUCCAGACUCAAGUGUAUUACAAUGAACUUCACCGGCCAUUCAAGACGCCCGAACCGGCGGAGGAACCGUUAUGGUCAACCACAAACCUAGCUUAUUAUGACGAUCAGGUCUUGGAGAAGGUGAUUGAAUUAUUCUUGACGAUUGAUAGUUAUUUUUGUCUUUAGUUGAUAAAGAUUUGUUGUUUCAGGACAAGAGGGACCUCAUCGAAGAAGUGAAAAAAGUCCAGAAGGCCCAGACACGGUCUAAACGACGAAAAUUAUCUGCCAAAUUGGACGUUCCCGACCCAAAACAGCCCAAAUUGGUCAAUUUUGGCCUAAUCCGACAUGCCGAGAAAUUGAAAGAGAAAAGACCAAAGAAAGUUGAGGUAGGUGGAGUACUUUGGGCAAAACUUUGGUCUCAAAAUUGA